AUGAAUUUGAAUAUGGAAUCAAAGCGCAAUUACGAAGACGUAAUAGCCCAUGGCAUACAUUAUCAAAAGCUUCUCCUAUUUAUCGUUGUCGAACUCUCCAACACAAUAACAACCGAUAACUCCCUGAUCAACAAAUUGCAGCAAAACGAUGGGGCUUAUGUUUCCCUAAAUUCGUUUAUUGAGAAAGAAAAUAAUGAAAAAUUGGAAAAUUAUGGAAAUAUAAAUCAUAAGAGAUAUAAAAGACAGCGAAGUGGAAGAGGCGGUGGCGGAAGAGGCGGAGGUGGAAGAGGGGGAGGCAGAAGAGGUGGCGGCGGUAGAGGUGGGGGUAGGAGGGGAGGGAGAAGAGGUUAA